AUGUACACUCCUACGGCUUCUGUGCUCGUAGGGCUCGCAGCUCUGAAAGGCGCUAGUGCCUGGGGAACGCUAGGCCAUGCCACUGUCGCGGCAAAGAGCGUUCUAUCCGAUACAUCUACAUCUUACCUGGCCAAUGUUGCCUCAUGGGCGGAUACAUACCGGUCUACGGCCGCAGGAAAGUUCAGUGCGCCGUAUCACUUCAUCGAUGCGAAUGACAGCCCACCUUCGAGCUGCAAUGUCAACUAUGCCCGUGAUUGCACUAGCUCUGGAUGCUCGAUCUCUGCAAUCUCCAAUUACACCCAGCGUGUCGCUGACGCAAGGCUUUCCACUGCCAGCACAGCAGAGGCGCUCAAGUUUUUAGUUCAUCUACUCGGCGAUGUCACUCAGCCCCUCCAUGAUGAAGCUCUUGAAGUCGGAGGCAACGACAUUAAAGUCACAUUCGACGGCUACGCCAACGACAACCUCCACUCAGACUGGGACACGUACAUCCCGGAAAAGAAAGUCGGCGGUGACUCCCUCACCGACGCGCAAUCCUGGGCUAAAACUCUCAUCGCAUCCAUCGACUCCGGCUCCUACAAGUCUCUCGCCAGCUCCUGGGUCGCCAAGUCCAACAUCAACGACGCCGUGACCUCCGCUACCGCAUGGGCUUCUGACGCCAACGCCCUCGUCUGCACCGUCGUCAUGCCCAACGGCGUCGCCGCACUCCAGACAGGCGAUCUCUACCCAACGUACUACAACAAGGUCAUUCCUACUGUGGAGCUGCAGAUUGCGAAGGGUGGGUACCGCUUGGCGGACUGGCUGAACAAGAUCUACAGUGCGAACAUUGCGAAGAGAGAUCUGGAAGGCCAGUCUGAGGAACUAGUCUCACGCAUGGCAAUGGCGGCGCCGUUGCCGCCAGCGAACAGGCCGAAUAAGGCGCAGUUGGCGAGGGAGGCAUAUGGAGGCGGCUGUGGGUGCGACAAGCACAAGAAGUGA